UCAUUUAUUCCCUUGUUUUCCGUCAUUUCUCACUCCUAAAACAGAGUCCGGUUUCCGGUUUCCGGUUUCCGGUUUCCGCUUUUGAUCAUACCGACAUACCCCAUUUAAUAAACCUUUUAGCACACUGAUUAGUGUUUAAUUCUUUGUUUAUCUCUCCUUCCAUUCCAAAACCCUUUAUUACCCACUUUGCCCAACAGGAAAACACCAAUCCAUUCCCUUUCAUUCCUCAAACCCUUGAAACAAUUCCCAGAAAUUUGGUCUUUCAGAAAUGGAAAACAAUACACCACCUGCCACCCCUCUCAAACCCGGAUCAUCAUCCGGUUCAGGCACACUAGGCUGUCACCUCGGCCGACGCCUGGUCCAAAUUGGUGUACGAGACGUGUUCUCUGUUCCAGGCGAUUUCAACUUAACUCUGCUUGAUCAUUUAGUUGAUGAACCGGAGCUCAACUUAGUGGGUUGUUGCAAUGAGCUCAACGCCGGGUACGCCGCUGACGGGUAUGCGCGAGCAAAAGGCGUUGGCGCUUGUGUUGUGACGUUCACUGUUGGCGGGCUUAGUGUGCUUAAUGCUAUUGCUGGAGCUUAUAGUGAGAAUUUGCCUGUGAUUUGUAUUGUUGGUGGGCCUAAUUCUAAUGAUUAUGGGACUAAUAGGAUUUUGCAUCAUACUAUUGGGUUGCCUGAUUUUACUCAGGAGUUGCGCUGCUUUCAGACUGUCACUUGCUUUCAGGCGGUAGUGAACAACUUGGAUGAUGCACAUGAGCUGAUAGACACUGCAAUUUCAACUGCUUUAAAGGAAAGCAAGCCAGCUUACAUUAGUAUCGGGUGUAAUCUGCCUGGAAUUUCUCAUCCAACAUUUGCCAGGGAUCCUGUUCCAUACUUCCUUGCACCACAGUUGAGCAACCAGCUAGGCUUGGAAGCUGCAGUAGAAGCGACAGCUGAGUUUCUAAACAAGGCUGUGAAACCUGUCAUUAUUGGUGGACCGAAACUUAGGGUGGCAAAGGCCCAAAAAGCCUGUGUAGAACUUGCAGAUGCAUGUGGUUAUCCAAUAGCAGUCAUGCCAUCAGGUAAGGGGCUGGUGCCGGAACACCAUCCCCAUUUUAUUGGCACUUACUGGGGUGCUGUAAGCUCUAACUUUGUUGGUGAGGUGGUCGAGUCAGCUGAUGCUUAUGUUUUUGUGGGUCCCAUUUUUAACGAUUAUAGCUCAGUUGGGUAUUCGCUGCUGCUCAAGAAAGAAAAAACAAUUCUAGUGCAGCCUAACCGCGUUACUAUUGCUAAUGGUCCCUCAUACGGCUGGGUUUUCAUGGCCGAGUUCUUGAGUGCAUUGGCUAAGAAGCUAAAGAGGAACACCACAGCAAUGGAGAAUUACCAACGGAUAUAUGUUCCUCCUGGCAUGCCUUUGAAAUGUCAGAAGGAUGAACCGCUCAGAGUUAAUGUUCUCUUCAAGCAUAUCCAGGAUAUGAUUGAUGGAAAUACUGCAGUAAUUGCGGAAACUGGAGACUCGUGGUUCAAUUGUCAAAAGCUCCGACUUCCGGAAGGCUGCGGGUUUGAAUUUCAGAUGCAGUAUGGGUCAAUUGGUUGGUCAGUAGGUGCUACAUUGGGAUAUGCUCAAGCCGCCCAAGACAAGCGAGUUAUUGCUUUCAUUGGUGACGGGAGCUUUCAGGUUACUGCUCAAGAUGUUUCAACAAUGAUCCGCUGCGGGCAAAGGACCAUAAUAUUCCUUAUUAACAAUGGUGGAUAUACAAUCGAAGUCGAGAUUCAUGACGGCCCCUAUAAUGUGAUUAAGAACUGGGACUAUACAGGCUUUAUUAAGGCCAUCCAUAAUGGUCAAGGAAAAUGUUGGACGGCCAAGGUCCGAACAGAAGAACAGCUGAUUGAGGCGAUAGCAACUGCUACUUCAGAUGAAUACAAGGAUUCGCUUUGUUUUAUCGAAAUCAUAGUGCACAAGGACGAUACAAGCAAAGAACUGUUGGAAUGGGGAUCUCGUGUUGCCUCUGCCAACAGCCGGCCUCCGAAUCCUCAGUAGUGCUUGAUUUAGCCGGCUUUUCAUCUACCACGACGAGGUGUACUGACUGUUGUAGGGGAUCUGUAGUGACACUAAAUAAAGAGAAUAGUUAAAGACAUAAGAAAAUAAGUACUCCGUACCAAAGAUAGAUUUUAUAUGGCGUUUGUAUGUAAAUAAAUGUAGAAAGUCAGACUUUUAGUUGGUAAUCUGGGAUAUAUGAAGUAAGAAUAGUUGCUUGGUAGUCUGAGAGGACAUGUACGAAAAACCAGGCAAUGUUUGUUUUGUAA